CACUUGAAGCUCCCUGUAGCAGCCAGCAACUGUGGUAGACUACGCGAGUUAAGCAGUUGUUUAUAGUUCAUCGUUUCUGAUCAUUUUCUAAAAAAUUGUGGCAGCUGUUUUUUUUUUUUUUAAGACUUACACCAAAUUUUUAACUUUAGCUUGCUGCCUUGACACAUAUAAUAUAUACAUACCUAUUUAUAAAUAUAUAUUGAAGUAUAUAUAUAUAUUAUACAUAUACACACCACAUAUAUAUACUGCAUUUUUAGCCUUUACUUUUAUGCUAUCACAACUUCAAGACUAAAACAUCGGCAUCGUCUCUGUUAGUGGAAAGGUUUUUGGGGAAUUAUUGAGAAGAAAAGUAUCUAGGAAAAAAGACAAAUAUAUGCCAUCCUUGGUCACCGUACAAUAAGACUGGGUUAUAUUUUCUAUCAUCGCCAUUGUCAGCAUUGCGUCUACUCUACUGUGGCUACCAGAUUUGUUUUUCGUAUCAACUCAAGGCACUCAAUUUAUAUGCCAUAUACAUCCCUUUGGUGUCAAGAAUCAAAAUCUGCCUUAUAUCAACAUAUCCUUUUUAAAAAAUACAUCAGAAAUUAUAAUGAAAGAUCUCUAACAUUUGUUUUUAUUUCAACAUUAACCUAACUUUUAAAUUCAGUUUAAAAUGUUCAUUCAAAUUUCUAUUAACUCAAUCUCAUAAAAUUAUUAGAAAAACAGUUAUAUUGAAAAUUUAACCAUAUUUAUAUAUUUCAAUUCAUAUGAAUUUGAAAUUCUUUCUUUUAUUUUUAACUAAAUAUAAUGGACAAAUAUAACAUUUUUAAAGAAAUAAAGUGUAAAUAGAUUUUAUUAUUUUUAUGAUGGAGUCUUGUAAAAUUGAAAGAAAUCCUGCUCAAGAUGCAGUCGAACAAGGUGAGCUGCCUGUUCUAGCAACCAUUUCCAAAAGUAACCAAAAGAAUCCUCAACCUCUUUUCUCCGAUAAAUCAUUUGAAGAAGAACUUAUCAGGAGAGUUUCAGAAAUUCAAUUAGUCAGAGAAAAUUUAUCAGCAAUUAAAACUAAAAGAAAAAACAAAAAGUCUAGAUCUCAUAAAAGUAUAAAUACUCAGAAAAACUCUGAUGCAGAGAAAACAAUUACAAAAGACUUUGAAGAAAGAAACGAAUUGAAGAGUAUUUCUAGAGAGAAAGAUGACUUUUGUGAACUGAAAGGUAGCAGUGACUCUGAUAAUGAAAGCUGUGAAUGUGAAAAUUCCGAGGAAGGUAGUCAGACUUCUUUGAAACAAAAACGUAGGAGACGACGGGUUAAAAAAUCCAGGAAAAAACCGUUGAGUAUAGAAACAGAAUUAUAUGACACAGCAAUAAUAAAAUGCUCAGGAAUUGGUGAAAGUGUAGCAACAGAUUUGGAAAUCAGUGACGAUAAAAUGUAUAUAGUUGAAGAACAAUCUGUAAAACAGUUCUCAAAUUUAGACCAUAAACAACUUUCUUCUACUCAGUGUACAGGGAAAAAACAGAAAAAGAAAAAGUCCAGUGAACUGGACAAUGGGCAAAAACCAUCCGAUAAAUGUAUUGUGGCUAAGACUAAAGAAGUAAAAGGUUCAUAUUCACAGCUUCUUGAAGAAGUUGAGAAGCCAUUAUUUUACCAACCUGCUGACGAGAUAGUAUUUCUAUUGUCGUCAAUGGCGCACCGGGGUGGUUCCAACCCGAUGGAUCCUCAUCUCAAUAAGAACUGUAACAACCAGCCACCCAACAAACAAAACUACAGACCACCGUUUAAACAGACAUAUUCUCAGCCACCAAAUGGAAUUUUAGGUCAUGCACCUCACAACUUCACACCAAUGUACAAAAUGUCAAAUCAGGCUCAACCACCACCUCCUCCGAAUAACCAGACAAACAACACCUCUUAUAAAAUUGAAGACAUCGAAGAACGAGUUAAAAAUAAUCCCAACCUAAUAAUAGGUGAAAUUCGAAUCAACCCUAAGGACUACAAAGAUUGCUAUGUACCACACCCAGAUGGACACUCAGAUAUCUACAUCUGUGGCACAAAGAAUCGUAACUCAGCUCUUAAUGGAGACCUAGUCCUUGUUGUCAUCAAUGACAAAACUAAAUGGAAGGUAAACAAGAAAGAAAUGGAUUCAAAUUUUACAUCAGAGUCUGACGAUAACGAUGGUAUUGAACAGCUCCUUGCUAACACCAGCAUAACAGACGACCCAGCUGUCAAAGAUGCAAAACCUGCUGCAGCCUCUAGCUGUAGCUCACCACAAGCUCUGUUGAACAAAGACCUACAACCAGUCACUUGUCAAGAAGCUUCAAAUGAGAGCAGAGCCAAUACUAGUGUGGAUGCUAAUCUUAAAAGGACUCCUCAAAAGAAAGAUCUACCAGGGAAAAAAUACACAUCUAUUGGGGAUUUGAACCAGGAUGCUAACUUGCAGCGAGUGUUAGAAGAUCGGAAGAGUGUGGAUAUGUAUAUUCAGCGUACUGGGAAGGUAUUGUUAGUUCUGGAAGAGAAACAUCCUCGUAAAUGUAUUGGCCAUCUUGGCAUGGCAAAUAUUAAAUGUGUUCGCUUUAAUCCAAUUGAUUCUCGAAUUCCAAGAUUAUCUGUUCCUCUUUCGGAAUGUCCUAAAGAAUAUUUACAACGUCCAGAAGACUUUUCUAGAGUACUGUUUGUUGCCAAAAUUCUCAAUCAAAAUGCUACUGGAACCCUGACGCUAGGGAGUCUUUUACAAUGCCUUGGAGAAUCGGGAGACAUUGAAACUGAGACAAAAGGAAUUCUCAUAGAGAAUGACAUUGAUGAGAGUGAAUUUCCUGAUUCGGUCACAGAUUCUUUACCAAUAGACUGCAGCAAACCAUGGACGGUGCCGAAAGAAGAAUACAGUAAUAGACGAGAUUUGACUAAACAGUGUAUAUUUACAAUAGAUCCAGCGUCAGCACGGGAUUUAGAUGAUGCUGUGUCUUGUGAAAUACUAGAGGAAGGAUUAUAUGAGGUUGGCGUUCAUAUAGCUGAUGUUAGUUACUUCUUAAAAGAGGCUACUAGUCUUGACAAAAUUGCUGCCUCCAGAGCUACAAGUGUUUAUUUAACUCAAAGGGUAAUCCCUAUGUUACCACAAAUCCUUUGUGAGAAACUGUGCAGUUUGAACCCGAAUGAACCUCGUCUUACGUUCUCUGUGAUCUGGCACAUAAAUGACAAAGCUGAAAUCGUAAAUGAAUGGUUUGGCCGUUCCAUCAUCAAUUCUUGUGCCAAACUCAGCUAUGAUCAUGCUCAGGGUUUUAUUAAUGAUCCUUCCCAUGAAUAUACUGAAGAACAGCUGCCACCUAUUACAGGUUAUUCUAUAAAUGAUAUAAAAAACAGAAUAUUAACUCUAAACAAGAUAGCAUGUAUUUUAAGGGAUAAACGUUUUGAAGGUGGUGCUCUAAGAUUAGACAAGGUGAAACUACAGUGGCUGUUAAACAAUGAGACAAGUUUACCAAUGGGUUACUUUGUUUAUGAACGGAGAGAAAGCAAUCAAUUAAUAGAAGAAUUCAUGUUGCUAGCCAACAUGGCUGUUGCUCACCGCAUUCAUAAAAGUUUCCCGGAGAAAUGUUUACUUCGGCGCCAUCCUGAGCCCCAAACUAGAAUGAUCGACAGCUUGAAUGAUUUCUGUAGAACUACAAACAUUGAAAUGGAUAUAACCAGUGCCGGUGCUAUUCAUAGAUCUCUACUGCAACACUCAGGUGAUGAUGAUGAAUACUCUUUAGCAAGACUCCAAGUCCUCAUAGCCAAGUGUUCAAAACCAAUGAAACUGGCUCAAUACUUCUGUUCUGGAACAAUAUCUGACAAGAAUGAAUAUCGACAUUAUGCUCUCAACGUACCUCUCUAUACUCACUUCACAUCACCCAUUCGACGAUACGCUGAUGUCAUUGUGCACAGAUUGUUAGCUGCUGCCCUUGGAUACACACCACCUAUUCAACAAACUGAGAGAGAGAUGGAAAAACAAGCACAGCACUGUAACGAUAAGAAAACUGCUUCAAAACGUGCACAGGAGCUAAGCUGUGAAAUUUUCCUUGCUGCCUUUAUUCAGGCAAGUGGUCCUUUAUAUGAGAAAGGAAUGGUAAUGGCUAUCCUUGACCAUUCAUUUGAUGUAUACAUUCUCAGGCUUGGAGUUGUUAAAAGAGUCUACUGCAAUAAACUGGAUCUUCAUAGUCACACUGCAUUCAAAAGGAAAAGACUCCCAAUGCUGCGACUUCAGUGGAAAGAGAAUGAACACAUAAAAGAAAGUGUUAAUCAGGAAAUUGGGAUUUUUACUUUGGUUAAAUGUAUAUUACAGGGAGAUUCAGAACCCCUCAAAUGGUUGGCUAUGAUAACUCAUCCCGAACUGUGAUAUAUUCUGCAAUCAAUGGUUUAGGCACAGAUAUCAAAUUUCGCGCUCACUGGAGAUCAAAACUCAACUCUUGUCAUCUCACACUGUGAACAUUUAUUUAAAGACAAAAUCCUUUUUUUUUUAUAUUAUAGCAAAAAUAUAUAUUUAAAUUUGAAUUUUAAUUACAUUUUUAUUUUAAAAACAACUUUGAAUGAGUUAUGAAUUUUUAGUUGAAUGAGUUUUCAGUCAUCCCUCCAGGAAUAUCCUCAUCACUGCUACCACAAACCAAAGAUCUCAAUCCCCUUAGGAUAUCAACGGUAUUGUAGAAUAUUGGACCAUACCAGUAGAUUAUCCAACAAUCCUGGUGUACAGUUUAGCCCAUAAUGGGCUCAAAAUGUAACCAAAUAAAAUCUUUUCGUUAAAAAUU